AUGAGCCUCACUGUCGAUUCGAUUCAACAGCGCCUGGGCGGUUACUACACCCAGCUCACUUCCACGCGUGCUGGUUCGGCCGUUCUGGCGCUGUUCGCACUCUAUGUGGUACAAAAGUUUGCGCAGCAUCGUCAGCGCGUUGCGGCGCGCAAAGCGUGGUCCAACACCACCUCCGAGGUUGCGGUUGUCACUGGUGGUUCCGGUGGGAUUGGCAUGGAGGUCGUCCAACGUCUUUCGGCUCGCGGCGUCAAAGUGGCCAUCCUCGACCUGGUCGAGCCCAAGGGCGGCAUCCUUUCCAACACAGUGCGCUUCUACAAAGCCGACAUGACUGACUACGACAGCAUCGCUGCAGCUGCCAAAAAUGUCGAGAAGGAUCUCGGUGCCGUCACCAUCCUCGUCAACAACGCCGGUGUCGCUAACGACGGUCCUAGCAUUCUCGAGUUUGACCCCAAAAAGACAAAGUUGACCAUCGAAGUCAACCUUCUCUCGCACUUUUACACGCUCAAAGUUUUCCUCCCACACAUGAUCCGCACCAACCACGGUCACAUCAUGUCGGUCGCCUCGGCUGGUUCAUUCAUCAUGCCUGCUGGCGGCGCAGACUAUGGCGCUACAAAAGCUGCGCUCGUAUCGCUCCACGAAACUCUUCAGCUUGAACUCGAGCUUCUCUACCAGAAUCGCACCGGCGUGCUCUGCAGUAUUGUCCAUCCAUACUGGAUCGCCACGCCCAUGACCGAAGCCAUCUUUGUCCCCAAAUUCCACAAAAAAAUGAUCAAACCCGAAGUGGUGGGUUCCAAGAUGGUCGACCAGCUCCUCAGCGGUCAAGGCGGAAGUCUCUACGUCCCAGGAUGGAUCGGAAGGCUGGCCUGGAUCCGUGUGUUGCCGCACUGGAUGGCUCAUAAGAUCAGAAUCCAGGGUACCCUCGAUUUGGCCAAGAACAAGAGGGAGGAUCGUCCGAACCCUCCGAUGCCCUAG